AUGGAGGAACACGGAAGGCUCACAAGAAGUAUGAUACCUCCGAAAUUACAGAAGAAGGUCCAGGUUGUCCGUAACAAGGACAAGAGCAAACGCCGAGCAAGAGUAACGUCUCCUGUGAGGAUGACCAGUUGCAUCUUCAAAAGUUCUAUGACUAGAAUAACUUCCCAUCCCGAGAAUACCACCAGGCACGGACAAGAAGAGAACCUGGAGAAACCCCAGCAGCUCUGCGCAUUCAGGAGACUGCAGGAACAUUACAUCGAAGACGGUACAGGGAAUCUGUUAGGCCCACUGUGUCUUUCAAACCCCGCAAGACGAACUGCACGAGGGAUGCAGGCUGGAGCCAUCGUUCCUAGUGGUGUCAACGAUCUGCACACUUCACAGUGCACCUCUGUCCAAUCUCCGAGGUUAGGAGGAAUAGUGCGGGCGGCUCUUGAGCAGUCGCCAUCUACAUCCUACAGUCAAGGGGUGACAAUGCCAAUGGCUCUUGAACUGUCGCCAUCUAUUAACAUUCAACAAAUAACUCCUGCGGAUAUCCGGAGACAGUACCGGAGGGUGGCGAAUGCCCGGAAGAGACUGGCGGAGGCCUUAGAAUUGGAUAGGCUUGCCAGGCAGGAAGAGAACAUGGGGGAACAGAGCGACGAUGAGGACUCUGAGGACUAA